AUGGCCAACCCACCAGUUCAAUUGUCGCUCCAGACAACCCAGGGCAAAAGCCCACUAUCUACUCAAGUCCCGUCGAGUCUCACGCCACCAGUGACUCCUAUAGCCAAAGAAAGGCCCCCGAGAUCAACUCCAAGUCCAUUCCAAGACCCAAAGGCAGCGCAAACGCCAUCCGCCUCCAAGGACAAUGUCGGCACUCUGCAGUUCACCGACGACCUCGAAAUCUGCCGCGACGAGAACAACCACUCCCUCGAGUUCGGCCGCGGCGUCUGGAGCAUAGUAUACAAAGCGCACUCAUUACCACACGCGCAAACAAACCCCCCAGGCACACCCCCAAGCUCCCCAACCUCAAGAUCGCAAGUGCUAGCCGUGAAAGCACCCUUGCGCCGCGAUGCGCGCCCAGUCCUAAACGCCGAAGCAUCAACCCUAACCCGCCUCACAUUCACCCAAGGCCACGAACAAUACAUCGUCCCCUUCCACGGCUACCACGCCGACCUAGGCGCACUAGUAAUGUCCGCCAUCCCAACCUCACUAGCAUCCUACAUCGAAGACCAAUCCCAGCAAGCACGCACCCACCACACAACAGCAACAAUGUUCGACCCAGUCCAAGGCCCAGCCUCGUACCAAGAACUCGCGCGCGGACUAAUUACCGGCCUGAACUGGCUGCACCAAGUCGCCGCCGUCGUACACGGCGAUAUAAAACCACACAAUAUCCUCCUCCGCCCCGUCGACACAGACGACUGCGUCGAAGCGCCGGCUUUCCCGUUCGAGCCUCUGUACGCCGAUUUCUCCGCGACGGUGGAUAUCCCCGUCCACGCGGAGGCGCCCGAUACGACGCGCGCGUCGAUGUCGUCGUUCACGCCGCCGUUCACGGCGCCGGAAAUGCUGGCUUCGCUUACGUCGACGGAGAUGGCGCCGACACCGGCGUCGGAUGUCUUCUCGCUUGCGGCUACGCUGCUUGCUGCUGCGACGGGGGAUUUGCUGCUUUAUCCGAAUAUGAAUCAUCGGUUGAGGCUGGAGAUGGCGAGGGCCGGGCAUCAGAUUGUUGAUUUUGCGAGGUCUGGGAUGAGUGGGAGUCGGGUGCCGAGAAAUGGGUUUGUUGAGCGUAUUGUUAAGCCGGCUGUUGUUAAGGAUCCCGCGAUGCGGAUUUCGACGCCGGAGUGGGUUGAGCUUGCGUCUAGUUGA